UAAACAAAAUAUAGCUGUUGUUUAAACUUCACAUAACCUAGGUGAUGGGGUGUGAUAUGAAUGUCUAUAAGAAGAAGUACAAGGGAAAAAAAAUAUUUCUAUGUCUGUGAAUAUAAAUAUAAAUGUCUUCCAAUAAAUAAAUCUUGUUAUUGUGAUGUAACUGAGUACCACCAUGAAUUUCAUUCACCCCAUUUUGUGUAUGUAACCCAAAUAACAUGUCAUGCAAUGUCCUUUCACCAAAUCGAUUGACCAAACCAGAUCGAUUGUGUUCCAACUGUGUUCUCCCCAUGAGGGCGUUUUUUAUUGAGUUCAAUGUGGAGUCAUUACAUCAUAAUCAGAUAUUAGGUGCCUUGGCAGCAUUAGAAUUGUUUCACUCCUGCUGCAGCCUGGUGAAGAAUCAUCUGCUUGUUAACGGAUGCACUUUUGAAUAUAUUUCUUUAGAAGAUAAUUCUUUCUUCGAAUUUCUGGAACUUUACAUUUUAAACAGACUCCAAAAAGCUACAAGGAUCACGUAUUAUUUUGUUUUCUUUCAUAGAAUACAAGGGAGGCAUCAAUAGAGUAACACCGCUAAAUACUGAUAGUGUAGCAGUUAUACGACAUGGAAAGAUACUUCACACCUGUGCGUGGCUCCUCAGAGGAUGAAGUCAAAAUUUACAAACAUUCCCAUCCCAUACCUCAUCAGCAUCCUCACAACCAUCAUUACCAUCACAACCCUUAUCACCAACAUGGAUCACACAGUCGCAGCUCUUCAAGCAGUCAAGGAAAGCACAAUGAUAGACAUACUCACCACCAGCAUGACAACCAGCAUCACUCUUAUCCACAUGCACGCCCUAAAGCGUCUGAAGAACGCCACAGCUUCACUAAAAGGUCUUCCUCCAGCCUGUCCUCCUCCUCCUCCAAUUCUUCAUCUCCAUCUUGGACCUCAGAGCCCAGCCUGGACGAUGAGACGUAUCUCAUGCACAAACCCCAGUAUUCCCUGUCCUGCUCCAACAUCUCUGAGGUUCAAAGGAAAAUCAACGACAGAGAAUCUGAGGACUUUGUUUUUGAUCACAGCGAUCAGAGGCACCGCCACAGCCUGGAAAACACUGACAAACUGCUCCCCGGUUCUCAGCAUGGACAUGGGAUGGCAAAACUCUCCAGGGGCCAUAGCAAAAGCGAGGAGGGCCUUUUGCAAAAUAAGCACAACGAUUGUUACUCAGCAGAAUCUCAACACAUAGAUCAUGGGCCACUUUACAAAACUGCAAGCCUGGGACAAAGCCUUGCCUUUAGUGGCAAUGUCGACAUCGCGCUCGGAGGCAGGGCGGUUCCCAAGAAGGCUGUAUCAACUAUUCAGCUCCCCAGCAAAGGUAUUCUGAAAAACAAAGAUGAGGGACAGAAAGGUAGCAACUUCAGAAAAGCCAAGUCUAUGGAGGUGCUCUCCACCAGGGUGCACGUCACAGAAACAACCAAGCAGAUCUCUACGGAAGCUGCGAGUAAUACCUUUGUGAAAGGGAAGAUGCAGUUCUCUGCAUUUCUGGAUGAGAUCACCAGGCAGGUUAUCAGUCCCUGUGCACUCAGCUCUUUUGGCGUAGCCACACCAACCCCCCCAAAAUCUCCUAACGAAGAACGCAUAAACCGCAGCGGCAAACAGGAGAGCGUCGUGUCGUCACCAAAACAGCAGCCCACCAGAGCCGAGAGACCUGAUUCAGGAAAAACCGGUACAGAUUCAAGCUCACUCUCUCAAUCACAUAAGAGACCCAGCAAACAACAUCAGGAUCAAUACCACAACCGAAGCCUGAUCAGUCCUCCUUCACCACCACCCCGCCAUCCUUCUAAAGCUGAAAGACAUGGGGCUACCUCAGGUAAACAGCACCAAAGGCAAUAUACUCAGAUGCUCACAGACGGUACCAGCACCAGCCCUGAAUCGGUCCACCGACACCUCUCUAAACACAAAGUGCGACAUCAAAGUAGUCACAGCCCAUUUAGGCCCUUGAUUAAGCAAGAGAAGGGAUCAUCGCCUCCUCUGCAAGCCCCAGGGCUGGAGUCAGAGUCCCAGUCAAGUAAAUCAUCCACCAGCUCAGAGAAAAGUGACAGACCCAAACACACGGGACACAGGAGGCAGUCUAAACCACACAGGGAUUCGGUCGGUUCUGUGGAGAGAGUUCAGAUGCUGGAGGAGUACAACAAAGAGCUGCAUGAGAACCUGUUGCAGACGGUGGCAUGCAUUGAGAACAUGGAGGCAGAAUUACACUGUACCAAGACAGAGUUAGGCAGCUUCAAAGAGAAAUACAGAAGGCUUCAGGAGAGCUAUUCUGUUUCUCAGCAGGCAAACAGCGUCUUGGAGCAGAAACUCAAAUCUGCGGUAGACAGCUUGGACUCAGAGAGGAAGUUCCUCAUGCAGAGAGUUGUGGAUCUGACUAAACAGCUGGAAACUGCUCAGAAAACCAUCAACUCUCUGGAAACCAUUAAUGUUCACUCAUUGAUUAGUGAGUUGUUGAAAAAUCACUUUGACUCUCAGGAAAGACUGGAACACGUCUUAUGUCCUCAAACAUCUCCUGGCCACCCUGAUAACAACCAAUCAGACAGAAACAACCAACCAUCUGGAGGAAAAAGGGAAGUUUUUGAAUGGCCACAGACUGGAGAGACAUGCUCAGGCAUCAGACAACAGCCUGCCACAGCCUUUCUGCCAUGGAAACAUGAUCAUGAUCCAUGGGCAGGGACAGAACAAAGUGUAGUUAAAGGAAGUGACUCACAACUUCUUUUUCCUUUUAAUGAUCAUGUGCCAAUCCACAAAACGAUGGCAGAUACAAAGGCCCCAAGCCAUCAAAUGCAUCAUUUAGCCGUGAACACAGAGAUCCGCAUUGUUCCCCCAAACCCAUAUAACCUAGAUGAAAUGAGGCUCAGCAGACAGACAGGUGGAGAAGGAACCGUCAUGGUGGGGAAAGACUCCACUGAUUUCAGCCAUUUCACUGCUCAGAGGAUGCUGAAUGAGUUUUUGAACCAGAUUCCUCCUCCAGUGCAUGAUUGUGAAGGGAAAGAUAGUUUAGAGGCAGUGAUGGGGGCCAGAGAACUAACAGAAGGAAAAGAGUAACAUUCAGUCUGACGUUUAUAUGGUAAAAGAUAUAAGAACUGGAUGAAAAUCUUAAUAUUGUCCCCCAUUACCAAUACUGCAGGAACACUCUUAAAAAUGCUGGGUUAAAACAAUCCAAGUUGGGUUGAAAAUGGACAAACCCAGCAACUGGGUUGUUUUAACCCAGUGGUAGGGUUAAA